AUGAGUGUAUUAUCUAGAGACGAAAUUCUUAAAUCAUUAGCAUCAGGUGAUAUUAAAAUUACACCAGGAUAUGAAGAGAAAUCAAUUGGUGCAGCAUCAAUUGAUUUAACAUUAAGUAAUGAAUUUAGAGUGUUUAAAAAGAGAGAUAAUAGUGAUACCAUUAUAGUUUCAGAAUCAAUUAAUUACCAAGAUUUUUCAGAAUUAUCAGUAUUAAAAGAGGGUGAAAGAUUUAUUUUAGAACCCGGUCAUAUGUGUUUAGGUAUUACUGAAGAAACUAUCGAAUUAUCACCAAAGCUUUGUGGUCUUUUAGAAGGUAGAAGUAGAUUCGCUCGUAUGGGUUUAUUCGUACAUAUUUCUGCAGGUUUCAUGAAUCCUGGUAUUAAAAAUAGACAAGUUUUAGAAAUUUUUAAUGCUUCAAGUAAUAGAUUAGAAUUAGUUCCAGGUACUAAGAUUUGCCAAUUUGUGUUUAUGGAAUUAAAAGGAACUGCUGUUUAUCAUGGUAGAUUUGAAAAUAAUAAAUUAUAA